UCUCUCUUUUUUCAAAGUCUAAACACACGCCACGCCACCCCACCCCACCCCAUGGUUCUUCCUCUUCCUUCACUUCUCUAACGCCAAGCUAUUGCUUUUGCUUUUGCUGCACAAAAACCAAAAACCCAAAACCAAAAAAAAGCAAAACCAAAGUGAUGGGUUGCUGUGAGUCCUCGUUUCUAUCAGAGACUCACCCAGAAAAAGAACAGAACCACCAAACCAAUCAGCUCAAUAUCCAGACUCAACCACCUUCUAUUAUAUCUACUGACUCUGUACCAAUCGGAGAAGUUCCUUCUUUCUCUGAGUUCUCUUUCUCUGACCUCAAAGCUGCCACCAACAACUUCAGCUCAGACUUCAUAGUCUCUGAGAGUGGUGAGAAAGCUCCCAAUUUGGUCUACAAAGGUCGCCUCCACAAUAGGAGAUGGAUCGCUGUGAAAAAGUUCACCAAAUUGGCUUGGCCUGACCCAAAACAGUUUGCGGAGGAGGCAUGGGGAGUAGGGAAGUUGAGGCAUCAAAGGCUAGCCAAUUUGAUUGGGUACUGCUGUGAUGGAGAUGAGAGGUUGCUGGUUGCUGAGUACAUGCCUAAUGAUACUCUUGCCAAGCAUUUGUUUCACUGGGAAAAUCAAACCAUUGAGUGGGCCAUGCGUUUAAGAGUAGCUCGUCAUAUUGCUGAAGCCUUGGAUUACAGCAGUUUUGAGGGUCGUCCGUUAUACCAUGAUUUGAACCCUUACAGGGUUCUCUUUGAUGAGGAUGGCGAUCCUCGUCUUUCAUGUUUUGGCUUGAUGAAGAAUAGUAGGGAUGGGAAAAGUUAUAGCACGAACCUAGCCUACACACCUCCUGAGUAUUUACGAAAUGGAAGGGUCACCCCUGAAAGUGUUAUUUACAGCUUUGGCACUGUUCUUCUGGAUCUGCUAAGUGGAAAACACAUCCCCCCAAGUCAUGCUCUUGACAUGAUUAGGGGGAAAAACAUCAUUCUCUUAAUGGAUUCGCAUUUGGAGGGAAAGUUUUCUACAGAAGAAGCAACAUUAGUUGUUAAUCUGGCCUCUCAGUGUUUGCAGUAUGAACCAAGGGAGCGACCUAAUACAAAUGACCUUGUUGCGACACUUGCUCAACUGCAAACCAAAACUGAUGUUCCAUCUUAUAUCAUGCUUGGAAUUUCAAAGCAUGAGGAAGCUCCAUCAACACCGCAACGCCCUCUUUCAGCAAUGGGUGAGGCUUGUUCAAGGAUGGAUCUCACAGCUAUCCAUCAGCUGCUGGUUAUGGCGCACUAUAGAGAUGAUGAAGGAACUAAUGAGUUAUCUUUCCAAGAGUGGACCCAACAAAUGAGAGAGAUGCUGGACUCAAGGAAGCGUGGGGACCAAGCAUUCCGUGACAAAGAUUUUAAAGCUGCCAUUGAAUGUUAUUCCCAGUUCAUAAACGUUGGAAUAAUGGUCUCUCCAACUGUUUUUGCAAGGCGCAGUCUAUGCUAUCUGUUAUGUGAUCAACCAGAUCCUGCCCUUCGAGAUGCAAUGCAAGCACAAUGUGUCAAUCCAGAUUGGCCCACAGCUUUCUACAUGCAGUCAGUUGCUCUGUCCAAGCUGAACAUGCACAAGGAUGCUGCUGAUAUGCUAAAUGAAGCGACUACACUAGAAGAAAAGAAGCAACGAGGCGGGAGAGCAUCAUGAGAAUCAACCCUGUAAUCAGAAAUAACUCCAUUCAUCGCUACCCAUUAUUGUUGAGGCUACCCAAAUUUGUAUAAAAUCUGAGCUUGGAUUCCAUAUUUUCUUCUCAAACAAAAAUGUAAUAUGUAGAGACACACUUUGUAUUUAUGCACGUGUGCUUCAUAUAAUAUAUAUCGAAUUUAUGAUCAACUUGAACAGUGUAAUCUAGACAGCAUUUGAUUGCUUGGAAGUGAACAAAUAUUGUUUAGAAGAAAUGCCAAUUCAUUUACAGUAUUUGAAUGA